CUCCCUACCUAGCGUCAGACUGUGCAGCGACUUGUUAUCCACGUCAGUAGUAAUCGUGGCGUGGUGCACAGAUCGUCCGUUUGCGGAGCGCCCGCUUUGGUUCCGUUUUUGCUGCACAGCGGUUUGGCAGGAACGAAACACCCAGCCAAGGGUCACCAUUGACUGAAUCGCACGAAAACAGCACCGCGCGCGUGUGGAAAACAAAUAGAAGUGUUUGAACGAAAUACUGCUCACACACAUACACACACACAUGCAUGCAUUAGUGGACGCGUAUGUUUUGGUCGUAAAAGUUCCCAUGGAGUGGGUGGAUAAAUAGCAACAACAGCAACAACAACAAUAAAACGAAGCACUAAAAGCUUCUCAGGAUCGAAGCAUGCUUCGGAUUUUGUUAUUUGUGUGAGUGUGUGAGAAAAUCGGUCGGGCGGUGAGUGCGUUACCAUACCAGUGAGUGCCAACCAUACCGCGGAUGAGUGGUGGAAAGUUGUUGUAUACGGAGCGUUGCUACUGGUAAGAGGGUGAGCUCCCUUGUUCCUGCACGUGCGCGCCCCUAUCGUAGUGUGUCACCUUCGGGUGCCAUGUGCUUUUGUUUACGACCCACGUGCUUCGCUGGAACGUCGCUAACGUCGCAUUCGACUCACGGCUUUGGUGACGUCACAUCGGUGGUAUCCUUGUUCGUCGUUUUCGUCGUCGUCGUCGGUGGUAGCGCGUGUUGGACGCUGUCCGAUGGUCUGUAGCAGAAGCAGCAGAAGCAGCAGAAGCAGUAGUAACGCGGACAGUAGCGAUGGUUGUACGGUUACGGCUGGUCGAUCCACUACCACGCGUAGUGCCACUGUGUGAAUGUACGUCCAGUGGAUAGGCUGGCUGGCGCGCUUUACGCUGCUGGACAACGCUGCCAGUGUGGUGUGUCCUGCGUUGGAGUGAAGAAGAGAGUUCGCGUCUUUCGGCGGUACGGUGUACGUGCCGUUUGGAGGUCGUCUGUGACCCGCUGCUGUGUUUGUGUGUGUGUAUUGUGUGCGUGUGUGUGUGCGUGUAUUUUUAUUAUUAGAAGCUUCCGUUGCCUCUCUGCCGCCUUUCCGUUCGAAAGCGCGUGGUGUCCGCCCGCCUUCCCUUGUUCUCUCCGCCGUGGAUUGUGCACAUGACCGGCGAACCAAUGACUACCCGCGGCACCGUUGCUGGACGAGCACCCCAUCUACAGCCACCGCACGCCAACCAUCCCCUCCAGGCACUGCGAACGGACGACAUCGAGGUGCAGGUGCUGGAGCAAGGGAUCGAGCUUUGUAGCAGCGAACGAAAGACCAACGCCACCAGCGGUCCGACAGCCAGCAGUAGCAGCAGUAGUGGCCCAAAACCUCCCACAAAUUUUGGCCGUGGCCGGGUCAGCCUUCAAUCAUCCACCACCGGUACCACGUCCCUUGUGACGGGCACCAGCGGACUAGGGUCGGGAGGGUCCAAUGGUCCAGCGGCGGCACCCAGUGGCCCAGUGCCGCCAGGUUCUCGGAUAGCUUCCCUCAAAAACCCCGUCGGAUGGGUAUGCUGUGCGCCGUGCAUUUGGCUCCGGAGUUCCUCGGCCGUUCACAAAAUGGCAAUUACGGCUGCCACACUCCUGGUGACGUCACUGCUCGUCGCCUCGCCAAUACUGUUCCUCAUAUCGGCCGCACCCUCCCAGCUGCCGCGCGAUUGCUUCGGGGCCGAUGAGGACGACUGCCAUCCAACGCCGGCCCCGCCGCCGGUCUGCGCGGAUCCGAUCUGCCGAGCGGCGGCCAUUAGCAUAUCGUCCCGCAUGAACUGGGAUGUGGAGCCGUGUCGGGAGUUCAAGAACUACAGCUGCUCCAUGAUGGAGAGCAGUUUGCGGGCGGUUAAAAGCGCACAGGAGCUAGCCGACGCGCAGAUGCAGCAGCUGCUAUCGCUUAACACAACCAGUGGGAUUUUCCGUAAGCUGGGCCGGCUGUACGGCAGCUGUCUGCGACAGGAGCUGAACGAUACUAGCAUCCGGAGGCGGUUGGAUCAGCUCGGCGGCUAUCUGCACAUCGGAUCGGUGGGACCACAAAGCAUAUCGCCGUUGGUAGCGAAGAUCCAAGCAAUUGGGCCGCUGCCAUUGAUCGGCAUCUACUACGAUCUCAGCUACGGUCGCAAACCCCAGACGCUGCUGAUCAUCGAUGGACCAAAUACGCCACCAAACAUACUCGAGAACCCUGUGCGAUGGAAUGGACCAAGGGCGCCGCCCUAUGACGUGGAGGAGGUGCCGGACCUGCUGGACGAACUAAUCAAUACGUUUCUACCGUUAGGGUUGAGCAGCGACCAGCGCCAGUCGGAACGGAACCUUAUUUUUAGCUUUAUUCGUGAACUGAACCAGAUCCGUCGAAAUUAUGUGCAGAAGGACUUUACCAGCAGCUACGUGCUUAACAACGUGACCGCCCUGUCUAACGCCCAUCCUUUCCUCAUCUGGACCGAGCUUGUACCGGGCAACUGGACGGGACCGAUCGUAAUUCGAAGUCCCGAGUACCUGCGCCAGCUGCGGAAGCUGCUGCUCCAGUACCAGAACCGGGUCAUCCACAACGCGCUGCUGAUGCUGUUCGCGCUCAACACACUUCCCCCGGGCCGACCGUCGCCGUUGGUUUGCACGCGUGCUACCAAUUGGGCCCUGCCCGAGGUCACUUCGGCCCUGUUUGUGGCUCAGUACAGCGAGGAGGUCAUACGGCACGCCAUCCAGCGGACGGAAGAGAUGUUCGAGAACAUGAAGCAACAUCUGAAGCGGGCUCCAUCGCUACGUGGCGCUGCACUGGUGCGUCUGUCUCAGCUGAAGGUACAAGCGAAGGUUUGGCCAACGCUGUUCAAUCGGACGGAGAUUGCUUCCGUGCUGGAUGAGCUCGAAAUCAGCUCGGACAAUUGGUUCGAAAAUGUGCUUAAAAUCUACGAAAUCAACAACAAUCGCACGAAGGCGGUAAACUUUACCGUGGACUCUUCCCAGACGGCAUACGCUUACCCGCAAAUAUCGAAAGUAUUCUACGACACGCUGUCACACUCGAUCGUCGUACCGCUAUCGGUGAUCCUGGUUCCGUACUUUAACCCAGUGCUUCCACCGUACCUGCACUACGCCUCCCUCGGCACGACCCUCGCCAAAGAGAUCCUGCGCUCGAUCACGAAAGCGUUCGAGACGAAGAUCAUGCAGUGCGUCCCAGGCGCCGUCAGCGUCUUCUCGAACACCAGCCGCAUGGAGCUGCUGAUUCAUUCCGGCGGACUGCAGAUCGCGUACCACACACUCCUCUCCCUGUCCGGACCAAUCAAGGGCAUGAACCGGCUGCUCGGGCUGAGCCUGACGCCGCCGCAGAUCUUUUUCCUCAUCUCCGCCCAGCAGCUGUGUGCCGAAUCUGACUACAUUGGGAUCGAUGUGAAUUCGAGUGAUUUUGAUGAAAUACUGGCCUGGCUCAUAUCGCAGGGUGGCAGUGCAUCCGAUGUCUUUCAGUGUCAUUCGACCACUAAGUUAAGUUACCAGAAGAAUUGCGAUAUAUGGUAGGCGAGGAGCGAAGAAGCUCCAUCCCAGCGCAUCAUCUCUUGGAUCCAAACCGUGUAUCCCAUCGGUAGAGUAGCUAGUAGUUGUGUGUGUGUGUGUGUGAGACAGAGAACUGAGACAAAACGUGGUAAAACACGGAUAAAGUUCUAGUGAUAAUGAAAGGAGCAAUCUUUGGUAGGAACAUAAGUAUUAGAGACAAACAAAAAAUGCAGUGGACAAAAAACAUUGUAAAAAACCACGCGAGUGUUACACACUAAAUUAGGGGAAAAUAUGGAAUUUUAGCAAAAAGAAGUAACGUGAUAGUGUUUAACAUUGACUAGGAGUGUUGAAUACUCGCAAAUCUAGUUUAUCUUUCAUUCUCUACCACGGAAGGAGAAAGAAAGGCAUGAUCGGGUCGGAGAGUUUAAAAGAACGUACAAAUCGUUGCGCAUAUCGUCAAAGCUUUCGUAUGAUGAUUUUGCAAUGAUUUUUCGCCAUGUUGUACAUUAUCCUUCCACACGCGCAGCUGAGUCAGUAUGCGACCCGUGCAUGAUCGUGCCCGUAGCGCUAGAACUAACAGAUAAGUCAAUUAAGUUAUCGGCUUGCAGUGGUCGUCAUUGCGUUUGUUUGCGCCUCUCUAUUAGUCUAAGCUCGUUGUUAGUUAACAGUUGUUCUUGGUGGGUGUGUUUUCGGUUUUGUUCCACAACAAUGAGCAAAGCUCUCGCAAAGCAGAUUGCUUAGCAGAUUGUUUUGUGCCAUGGUGGAGGUUGAGCUAGAGGCAGAUAGUUUAUUAGCAUGUACAUUGUUGACAGACCGUGACAAUAUUUCCACCACCGAAAGCUGGAGGCUGGAUGGAGGGUAACUAGUGAGGCUUAUUAUAGGGCAGAUUAAGCUGUUAGGAAUAGAGAGUGGUGCAUUUUGAUGAGAACGAAUGUUGGGUUUUUAUUUUUAAUGGCCUGUAAAAGGGGAGAAAACACACACAUACACACAGAGAUACCGUAUGUUAAGGGGCCACUCCGGAAAGGGAAGGCAUCGCUUGGAAGGAAAGGAUAGGGAGUAUUUGUUACUACCGUAACCACUGUUGUAACCUAGCGUUGUGCAUUUGAUAUUAUGAUUUUCCGGGUGGACGUUCACACUCUAUAUACACAUAUACACAUAUAGUGGUUGAGAACUGUCCGGUUAGUAGUGUAACAGUAGAUCAGCACGUAGUACGGUAGUGCCGUUGAAUAGUGUACGGUGGUGUAUACAGUGGCUGACGAUAGACAUUGUUUUGCGUGUUUAGGAGAUAGUAAGAAGGAUAAGAUUAUAAUAGUUAAAAAACACACACACAAUGAAACAAAACCAAUUUACAAACGUCCUAAGAUUGUUCUAUUGCCAGUGCAUUAGUAGGACUUAGUAGCAACACUAAACACACUCGAUGAUGUAAAACGCUCGGAAUUGAACACUACAUUUAGAGGGAAAAUAGAGAGGAAAGUAAUUCAAAACAAGAAACUACUGAUGCUGGGACUCACCGAUAUCAACGUAGAACUGUAGCUAACACGAUGUUUAAGGAUGUAUUAGCCAACCGAUAGGGAAUUGACCGAACACGAACAAUCCAAUCACAAACAAACACAGUAGUAGUUGUUGUUACAAACGAAUGAGGAAGCCCGAAAGGACAGAAGUGUACCUUAAUGUUACUUAAAAGCGAUAUAUCCCGGAAGAACUGAGUGUAAAGUGCUGUGCGACAGUAUGCACUAGCAAUCAUAGUUGAAAAAAAAAAAACAAAAACCACCACAAUCACGGACAUGCCACAUCCCGAACCACCCCCGGUAAUAGUGCAUGGUAAUGGUAGCUCAUUUUAUUAGACAUCCUUUUACGGAGCAAGAACACCAACACUUGCGGGGGCGGAGACUUGUUCGACUGUAGAACGUAAACCACGACACAUAAAACCUGCGAUAGAGAGAUGGACUGUAGAGAACGAGACACCUUUUAAAAGCCACAUUUAGGAUGUGUAGAUGAAUCACUCACAAAUUUUACGACACAGCUAUCCAACCCUAGGAAAAACCCGUUUGCAAUUACAUCCCCUUUCGUUUGUAACGAAUUAUCCCAAACGUAUUGGUGGCAGGCGGAAUGGUAGCAAUUUUAACACUAAAAUCCCACUGAGAGCUUAAUGACAAUUAUGGCACAUCAAAGGCCACGCACCGUUUGUGUGUAUUACAGCUGAUUGUUAUUGAUAUUUAUUUGAAAAUAUUCCUGCCCUGCCCACACUCAACUUGCACGGAUAUGAAUGUAAGCGAAGGGGUAGGGAUGGAGGGAGGGGGGGAGAAGUGAAAGCCCGAUCACGCGAUCACGGGACUGGGCGUGGUAAACCUUUAUAGCAAUCCUUAGCAAAUCGUGCCAAACAAAGAGAAAAUCAGUUGCAAAACGAAGUAUGUGUGUGUGUGUGGAUGUUAGAGUUAAUAAUAGUUUAAUUAGCAAUCAAGCCGUUCGAAGCGUUAAGAAACGAAGGCACGAGAAUGAACUGUUGAUAAUUAUUUCAUUUGGCGCAUGAAAUGCGAAACAAGACGCAACUGGAAUGCGAUAAAUACUGAGAUAGAAUUUAGCAAUAAAUAAAACAAUGUUCGAUAAAAGUAA